AUUUUGAUUAUAUCAUUUCGUAGCUGGUAUUGUGGUAUGCAUGAAGUUUGUUUAUAACCAUUUUACAAGAAAAUAGCACAUUAUCGGAAAAGCGUUAUCAUUGUAUAUUAUUAAACAGGCUGGAAGGGCAUUAGUUAAUAUUUAAAAUGAACGCCGAAAGCUUGAGGAAGUCCCCGAACAAAACCAACAAAGAAACCGAAAAUGGGGCAGAACCUUCAGCCCCAAUCUCAAAGAAGGGUAUACUGACGUCAUUCCUCACUGGAAAGUCAAUGGAUAUUCCAGAUUCAGAUAUUCUUGGGAGAUGCAGAUUCGUGUCAGAAUUUGAAAAAUUGAACAGAAUUGGCGAGGGAACUUACGGAAUAGUUUAUCGAGCCAAGGAUACAAUUUCUGACAAAAUAGUAGCACUCAAAAAAGUACGAAUGGAUUUAGAACGCGAUGGAAUCCCUGUUAGUAGUCUACGAGAAAUUCAGGUUCUACUCAAAUGCCGACAUGAAAAUAUUGUGCACCUGAAAGAAGUAGUUGUUGGUCGGAGCUUGGAAAGCAUAUUCCUUGCAAUGGAAUACUGUGAACAAGAUUUGGCGUCGCUACUGGAUAACAUGCAAGCGCCUUUUACUGAAUCACAAGUUAAAUGUAUCAUGCUACAGGUGUUGAGGGGUUUGCGUUAUUUACACCAUAACUUUGUUGUUCAUAGAGAUUUAAAAGUCUCUAAUUUGUUAAUGACUGAUAAAGGUUGUGUUAAGAUCGCCGAUUUUGGUUUGGCUAGAUGGUUUGGGGUUCCUUUGAGGCCGAUGACACCACAUGUGGUGACUUUAUGGUAUAGAGCUCCAGAAUUGCUUCUACAAGCGCCUACUCAAACUACUAGUGUGGACAUGUGGGCUGCUGGGUGUAUCCUUGGGGAACUGUUAGGACACAAACCUUUGUUACCCGGAAGGUCUGAAAUUCAGCAGCUGGAAUUAAUUGUGGACUUGCUAGGUACUCCAUCUGAUGCCAUUUGGCCAGGAUUUAGUGAACUACCAGCUCUAGAAAAUUACUCUCUGAAGCAACAACCAUACAAUAAUCUUAAGCAAAGAUUCCCAUGGCUGUCAGCUGCUGGUUUGAGAUUAUUAAACUUUCUUUUUAUGUAUGAUCCUCGUAAACGUGCCACGGCAGAAGAAUGUUUACAGAGUAGUUACUUUAAAGAACCCCCACUUCCGUGUGAUCCAAAGUUAAUGCCAACGUUUCCACAACACAGAAAUAUUAAAGGCAGUAAAACGUCAGCUCCUUCUGAUAGUACCAAUACUGGCGCAGGGGAUCAAACCAAUAAUUUGCCAGCAAUUUCAGAUUUGUUGGGGUCUCUUGUGAAGAAAAGGAGAAUUGAAUAAAAUGGAACUUUAAUUAACUUAAGAGUGUAUAAUUUUAGUUUUCUAGUUGCUGCAAAUUGAGUUGUCCUAAUUAAUAAAUGGAAUUUCGUGA